AAUCACGCAGAGGUGGCUUUACGCAUGCUCCACAAAACGAGGCACGUUUGUUUCGGUUUGUGUUCGUGCUGGUUGUUGAAUGACAGAGCGCCACAGAAGUUGCUGAAAGUGAACCCGAUUUCGUAUAGAGUACACGUUCACGUUGUGCACAGACGAGGACACAGGGAUUAACAAAAUGUCCUCUCCUGAGCCCAUCAUCAAGUCGAGACAGACAGAGAAAGACGUCAAUGGAGUUUCAACACAAGUUGUCUGUACAGAGUUCAGUAAUUACAUAUUCAUAGUUCUCACUCAGUAUGGCAAAAUUGGGACAUUGAUAUCUGUCACACCUGACUCCAGAUCCAAUGAUAUCAGCACACCGACGUUCUCCACCAAAGUGCUGCUGGGCAAAGACGAGCCACUGACGCACGUCUGUGCCAAAAACCUGGCAACAUUUGUGUCGCAAGAAGCCGGCAACAGGCCUGUCUUACUGGGACUGGCACUGAAGGAUUCAUCCAUAGAUUCAAUAAAACAAAUGAAAGAGAUCAUCAGAAGCUGUCAAGUCUGGUAGAAAGUCAGAAAAAUGGCCACAUGGACUUUUGGAUGCCCCGCAGUGUCACUCUCAGUGUCUCCUUUUUUUUUUUAAACUUAGAAGAUAUUUUUAUUUCCUGAAAUGCCAGACUGUAAUUAAAAAAAAAAAAACCCUGAGGCUUGUGUGCCAGACGUGUAAAGAUCCAGUUUCAUUUUCUCUCAUCCUUUCUGUUUGUUGAGAUAGGAAGCAAUGUCUUAUGGAAAACAGGGUGUGUUUUCUGCUCUCAAAAACUGAAGAUCAUGCAAUGACUAAUUUAGUUUGCAAAAUGAUGGCCAAUACUUCCAGCUUCAUCACUGUAUGAAAUACAUCGACUUUACGGUUUUGUUUCGUAACUUGUAACACUUAAUACUGUUAUUAUUUUUGUAUUUUAGAAUGCAAAUAUUCUGCAUUGUGUCACGAGGAGAAUUUAGAAAUAAAACAGGUCACUUCUAAAA